AAAUAUUGGCUAAUGACUUUUGACAGAAACACCUACACUUUAAACUGAUAACAAUCACAAAAAAUAAUUAAGAAUCAUUAAUUAAAUCAGAACCCUUACUUUUACAAUUCACAAAAUACCGAAGCAAUAUUCUAUCAUAACUUUUCAAAUAGUCGUCCAAAAAUCUGUUCAAAUGUUAGCGGUACGAAAUAUAUUCGUCUCAAUUAAAAAUAUAAAUCCUCUACGAAUGACUACGGCAUUUGCAUCAACAUUAUCUUCUCCCAAGGAAGAAAAAAUUAAAGUCGGAAAAUAUGAAAUUAACUAUAUCAAAGUAGGUCAAGGUUCACACAACAUACUCUGUGCUCCUGGAGCUCUAGGGUCAAUUUGGACUGACUUUAAACCUCAAGUAGAUGGGAUAGACAGAGAGAAGUUUAGUCUGGUUGUAUGGGAUCCACCAGGGUUCGGUAAGAGUAUGCCACCAGAACGGAACUUCAGUAUUGACUUUUAUGAAAAGGAUGCUGAUAUAGCUUUUGAGUUUAUGAAGGAAUUGAAUAUUCCCAAAUUCUCGCUUCUGGGCUGGAGUGAUGGGGGCAUAACAAGUAUGAUUCUGGCUGCAAAAUAUCCUGAUGCAGUCAACAAACUAGUUAUUUGGGGUGCCAAUUCAUUUAUAUUACCUAAAGAGCUAGAGGGAUAUAAAAAAAUUAGAGAUGUAAAUUCUUGGUCAAAAAGGAUGAAAGAACCAAUGAUUGAGUUAUAUGGCGAAGAAAGAUUCACAAACUACUGGGCUAAAUGGGUGGAUACAAUGGAGGAGUUAUUUAAAGCGAAAGAUGGCAACAUUUGUUCUGAACUACUUAAAAAUAUUAAAUGCCAAACACUCAUCAUACAUGGUGAAAAAGAUCCACUAGUUGAUGGAGUUCAUGUGUCUCAUCUCCACACGCAUAUUUCAGGAUCGAGAAUACAUUUAUAUCCAGAAGGGAAACAUAACGUGCACAUUCGUUACGCAGAUGACUUUAACAAGCGAGUGCAAGAUUUUUUACUUUUGCAAUAAAUAUACAACUUUUAUACAUGCUAGUCUAUAAGGAUAUUGUUUUUAUACAUGUUUAUUGCGGCUACUAAUAAAGUUUAUUUAUGGUUAA